CACCUGCAGCUUGGGAUUUCAUUGGCCGCCAGUGAAGAUGAAUCGAGGACUGUCAGGGUUCAUGGCCUGGAAACACUCUUGUCUUGAUGCUGCAUCGGACGUCAGCACCACUUCCACUUUGUCGACCUUGUCAGAAGACGAAGAGCCCUCUCAGCGCUUCAAGCUAAUCGUCAAGAGCACCUUCCUGGAAUUUGUCCAAGCUGAUGAUCUGCGAAUAAUUCGCUGCAAGAGCGCACCGGCACUCCACGAAGGAGCCUCUCAGAUGCCGUCUGUGGGCUCCUUAUGGCAUCCACAUCGGUGCAAACCAUGCGCAUGGUUUUGGAAGCCUGGCAGUUGCCAUAAUGGGGCCAAGUGCCUCCAUUGCCAUCUCUGCCCAGAAGGUGAACUGCAACGGAGGAAGAAGUUGCACAAGACCUUGGCCAAAGGCGGGCGCUCGACCUGAGGGCGACGGGAGCUAAGUUCCAAUAUCCGCUGUGCUGGUGACUCCAUACGGCUCCUCAUGUGGCU